AAUUGCAUUGAAAAUAUGGUUCGAUGUAGUGUAUUAGGGUGUAAAAGUGAUAGUGAAAAAAAGCAUCCCGAUUUGUCUUUUCACACCUUUCCUCGAGACCAUGACUUACAGAUACGUUGGAUUGAAGCCACGGGCCGAAAUAAUUGGACCCCGAAAUUGUCAUCACGGAUCUGUUCCACUCAUUUUGAGAAAAAUGUCUUAAUCAAAAAGAAUAAAUUAACUGUCCUGUUUCCUAAUUCUAUUCCACUCUUGGUAAAAAUUAAAAAAGAAGUCCCUACUGAGAUCUCAUCCAACGAAGAGCAUGGAACAAGUCAGUACUCAUAUAUAUUUGAAAGAGAUGUGACGACGAUUCCGAGCAGGAAAAGACCAUUUAGUUGUAGUACAGAUGACGCAUCGCGAAGAAAAGUAAAUCUUCUAGGUAAAACAGAAGAGUCUGACGUGAACACACAUAAUGAAGAAUCGAACGUCGAGUCGACGCCUGAAGCUCUUGAAGUACGGAAUGUAUAUGAUGCGGAAUUUGUCAUCGUGUCAGGUGAUGAGCCCCAGAUCAAGCAAGAACCAGUAGAGACCGAGAGUGACAUGAGGCCUGCCGUAUCUGUUACUGGAGCAGCAUCCGAUAUCGAAACCGAUGUGGCAGCGACGGUGAGAGAAACAGCGGAGCUUCGGAUUAAGCAGGAACCCGUAGACACUGAGGCUGAGGGUGACAGUGCGCCUGUGUUAUAUGACACUGAGAGCUGGCAGCAGAGAGAGCAAGAAUUGUUGAAGAAGAUCGACGCGUUAGAGACGGUUAAGAGUGAACGGAGCGAGGAUGGACUCCGAUUGCAACUCAAAGUCCGUGAAGAGGAAAUUGAACUGCUGAAGGCGAGGGUUAAGAAUCUUGAGACAGAGCUGCAGGCAGCGUUGUCCAAACCUGGCGGCAAGAACCAGGAGAUGAUUGACAGUAUCAAGGUGCAGCAUGAAGAGUUGCUGAGUAAAGCCCGCGGGAUGAUUUUCGAUAAAACGAAGAUGGUGAAGAACCAGGAACUACAGAUUCAGGCGCUGACUACACAAGUGCAGUCGCUCAAGGACAUCAACGUCAUAACCAAGGAUCUUCUCACCAUCAGGAACUCCGAAGUCAAAGCUAUGGAGGAUCGUUUGCAAGCGAUGGAAGCUCGUUUCGCGGCAGAGAAAGAGCGACACGGGCUCGUACUGAAGCGAGCGGAGACCAGCUCGUCCCUCAACGAUGACCUACGCAAGGAGUACGAAAAGCAACUUGCCAUAUUCAAGGAAUUACGGGAGAAGUAUGACCUGAGGGUUAAAGCAUUGGUCGCAGAAAACGAACGUUUGAAGGAAUCUAUUAACACCCCAGCCCCCACCAGCUAGUGAUUUGUAUUGGAUUUCUUCAAAUUGUAUAAGACUGCGUACGUUUAUCUAUUCGAAUAUCUGUUUAUAAUUAAAAUCGACUUAUUUUUUAAAUAAAUAAUGUAUAAAAAACUUCUUUU